GUGCAGUAUGGCGCUUACGUGAACAUAGGUGGUCUUGGCUCUGUUAUCAAGCUCAUGUUUGCUGGCAUUUUAUUUCUUCUUCUUGUGAAGUUUAGCUUUGGAAGAAACCUUCUGACAAAAUACCCAGAAUUUUUCUCUGCUGGACGCUUCACAAAGAAAGGACCAACCCAGAAACAGUUGGAUGGAACCUCUUUCACAAUGACUUUUUUUGGUGAGGGUUACAGUGAGGGGCAAGAUCUGCAGAAUGGCAAACCAAAUGUAAAGAUCUGCACCGAAGUGAAGGGGCCAGAGCCUGGCUAUGUUGCUACACCAAUUGCAAUGGUUCAAGCAGCUGUCUCUCUUCUGGAAGAUGCAGCUUGUCUGCCUAAACAAGGUGGUGUCUAUUCUCCAGGAGCUGCCUUCUCCAAAACAAAACUGAUUGAUCGCCUGAGCAAAUGUGGUGUUGAGUUCUCUGUUAUUAGCAAGCCUGAAGUCUGA